UCAGACAUCGUCAUGGCUCUUAGGUUUUUCGCCGCCUCUUGCCUGCUGGCCGUCGCCGCCGCUCAGUACGGCUACGCUCCCAAGCCCUACGCCCCCGCCCCCUACGCGGCCAAGUACGCCGAGCCUGAGCCCUACGACGCACACCCCAAAUACGCUUUCGAGUACGCCGUCAACGACCCCCACACCUACGACAUCAAGAGCCAGAAGGAGGAGCGUGACGGAGACUACGUUAAGGGAUCCUACGAGCUGUACGAGCCCGACGGCACCAAGAGGAUCGUCGAGUACUACGACCAGGGAUACGGUUUCGAGGCUGUUGUCCACAAGGAACCCGCUAAGGGAUACGCUGCCGCCCCCGCCUACGCUCCUGCCCCCGCCUACGCAUCCAAGCCCUACGCCGCCCCCGCUUACCCUUCCUACUCAGCCCCCAAAUACCCCUCAUACCCCAAGUACCAUUGGUCGGUCUCACAUGAGGUCCUGCGUGAAAGGAAGUUUCCCUUGCACUUCCUUCACGCUGUUCCUGUCUGGUAUAAAGGAUGCUACAAUCCUCUCAGUCAGCACACCAUCAUGGCACUUCAGAUAUUCACCUCACUACUGGCACUCUUCGCCGUAGCUUCAUCUCUCCCUUCUUAUGCACACCAAAGGAGUUUUCGGCACAAACGGCUAAUGGUUAUUCCAGAACUUCAUCAUCGUCAAGACUAUCAACAACAAGCUCAAGAAGUCCAGCACGAAUACCAACACAUUCCAGAAAUUCAGCAUGAAGAACAAGAACACAUUCCUGAGGUUCAGCAUGAACAACAUUUCCCAGCGGUGGAACACGAACAACAACAGUAUAUUCCACAUCAUCAAACCCAUGAGGAACACUAUCCUGAAAUCAAGGAUGAACACCAUCAGCAAAUUACGGAAGAGCAUCAGGGACACCACGUAGAGUACAAGGAGGACUACCACGACCCUCACCCCAAGUACAAGUUCGAGUACGGUGUCCACGACAGCCACACCGGCGACAUCAAGAGCCACAAGGAGGAGCGCGACGGGGAUGUGGUGCACGGCAGCUACGAGCUGGUGGAGGCGGACGGUUCCAAGCGCGUCGUCCACUACACAGCUGACCACCACACUGGCUUUAACGCCGUCGUCCACCGGGAACACAACGUCCAUCCUCAACAUUACCAUCAUCAUCAGGAGCACAUGCCAGUAAUAAUUUGCUUGUGCCUCUUCGCCGCUUUGGCCACCAGUGCUCUAGCCCAGUACAGCUACGAGCACAAGUACGAGUACAAAGAAGAGCCCUACGACCCUCACCCCAAGUACAAGUUCGAGUACGGCGUCCACGAUCCUCACACCUACGACAUCCACAGCCAGAAGGAGGAGCGCGACGGAGACUACGUCAAGGGAGUCUACGAGCUGGUAGAACCUGAUGGCUCCAAGAGGACUGUCCACUACACAGCUGACCACAAGAACGGUUUCAACGCCGUAGUCCAUAGAGAGCAUAACCAGCACCCUUACCACUACGAGACACCCAAAUACGAGUACAAGCCCAAGUACGAGUACAAACCCAAGUACGAAGCUCCAAAGUACGAGUACAAACCUAAAUACGAGGCACCAAAGUACGAAUACAAACCUUCCUACAAGGGCGCCUACUCGAGCAGCAGUAUUUAUAAGCCAACCCAACCCAUUUACAAGUACGAAGCACCCAAGUACGAACCCAAGUAUGAACCCAAGUACGAGCCCAAGUACGAACCCAAGUACGAACCCAAGUACGAAGAACCCAAGUAUUCGUACAAACCAUCAUAUUCAAGCUCAUCGUUUUCAACGUACCACUACAGCCCGAAAUACUAUGAUGAGAGUAAAAGUGAUGUGCUGGAGCAUGUUCCUCAUGAUGAUGAUGUCAUCAGUAUCCUAUCAGCGCCCACAGUCAUGUCCUCUCAGGCAGUUUUAGUACUUUGUAUCGCUAUGGCAGUCUUUGCCUCCCCUUACAACAACCACGACCACGGACACGAGCAUGUAGAGGACCAUGACCACGGGUUCCACGUAGAGUACAAGGAGGACUACUACGACCCUCACCCCAAGUACAAGUUCGAGUACGGCGUCCAUGACAGCCACACCGGCGACAUCAAGAGCCACAAGGAGGAGCGCGACGGGGAUGUGGUGCACGGCAGCUACGAGCUGGUGGAGGCGGACGGUUCAAAGCGCGUCGUCCAAUACACAGCUGACCACCACACUGGCUUUAACGCCGUCGUCCACCGGGAACACAACGUCCAUCCUCAACAUUACUAUCAUCACCACGAGGAACAUGCGCCAUGUUGUCAGUGUAGUGAUACCAUCAUGGCUCAGUUUCUUACCCUCUGUGUACUCACCGUCCUCGCCAGCUGUGCGCUAGCCCAGUACGGCGGCCACGGAGGCUACGAGCACAAGUACGAGUACAAAGAAGAGCCCUACGACCCUCACCCCAAGUACUCCUUCGAGUACGGCGUCCACGACCCUCACACCUACGACAUCCACAGCCAGAAGGAGGAGCGUGACGGAGACUACGUCAAAGGGUACUACGAGCUGGUAGAACCUGAUGGCUCCAAGAGGACUGUCCACUACACAGCUGACCACAAAAACGGUUUCAACGCCGUUGUCCACAGAGAACAUAACAAACACCCAGAACACUACGCGGCACCCAAAUACGAGGCACCUAAGUACGAGGCACCCAAAUACGAGUACAAACCCAAAUACGAAGCUCCAAAAUACGAGUCUCCUAAGUACGAGGCACCAAAGUACGAGUACAAACCCAAAUACGAAGCUCCAAAAUACUCUUACUAUGGUUAAAGCCGUACUUUCAUUCUUC